CAACAAUACAAAAUAAAUUAUAAGCAGUUUCCAUGGAAAUAUAGCACCCAUCACAAAAAAUGGCAGUUUCAUCACUUUCAUUCUCAUCUGCAAUCUUAUCCAAAAAGUUAAAUUUACAAUAUAAGCCUGCUUGUUCUACAUGUUCUUGGCCAAGCAUCAUUGCAUCUACAAAAGAUUCAUAUGUUGAUGAAGAAAGAUUGGGAAAUUGCAAAAGGAGAUCACUUCUGAUAGGCAUUGGUGCUGUAAGCUUGUUGCCUACAAAAAUCUUGUUGGCUCAAGAGAAACCACCGAACUAUGAUGAAUUUGUAGACUUACAAGAUGGUUAUUCAUAUUACUAUCCGUCAGACUGGAGGGAAUUUGAUUUCAGAGGACAUGAUUCUGCAUUCAAGGAUCGAUAUUUGCAGCUACAAAAUGUGAGACUUAGCUUUAUACCUACUGAUAAAAAAGAUAUCCAUGACAUGGGUCCAAUAGAGAAGGUUGUAGCCCACUUGGUGAAACAUGUGUAUUCAACACCGAAUCAAGUUCCAGAUGUUUUCGAUAUGCAGGAGAGGACUACGGAUGGCAAAAAUUACUACACGUUUGAGUACACGCUUACAUCUCCAAACUUCUCACGAGCAGCUUUCGCAACCAUAGCAGUUGCAAAUGGGAGAUACUAUACUCUAAUAGUUGGUGCAAAUGAACGAAGAUGGAGAAGAUUCAGAAAUCAGCUUAAAGUGGUAGCAGACUCAUUCAAGGUGCUUGACAUUUAAUGGGAUUGUAUAUUUGGUUGUCAUUACUACAAUGUACAAAGCAUUGAGUAUUCUUAAAGCUACAUGCUUUUUCA